AUGGAACUAGAAGGUGAUAAAAAGAGACAAUUUAUAGAAAGGGAAUUAGCAAAGGCAGAACAAGAAAAAAGGGAGGAAAGAGAUAGGGCUGAAAAGGAUAAAGAUAGGGAAGAAAGAACUGCAGAAAGAGCUCAUCAGAAAGAACUAAAAGAACUAGAGACUAAACAAAAAGAGUUAGAGGCUAAACAAAAAGAAAGUCAGGACAAAGGAGAGUUGGCUAAAUUAGAAGCAGCAAAAAUCAACCCCAACAUUAUGACCCAGCAAACCAGUAACAAACCAUUUAUCUCCAAAUUUCAUAAAUUUAACAUUAAGGAGGAAACAUUAGAAAAUUACCUAGUUCAGUUUGAACAUAUCUCAUCUACUUACAAUCUAAACAAUGAGGAUAUGGCAAAACAUCUGCUAGCAAAUUUAUCAGGAGAACCCCUAAACAUAAUAAGCACACUCACAACUGAACAAAAGAAAGAUUACAUAGCUGUUAAAACUAGACUCUUGGAACAUUUCGGGAAAAGCAAAGACUAUUAUAGAAAACUCUUUAAAAAGAUUAAACUAAACAAGGAUGGAGACUUCAACAGAAUAAUUUUUGACAUGAAGGCAAAUAUGCUUAAAUGGUUAGAGCUAGCUAAAUGUGAUAUAAAAGAUCCUAUUCAAAUUUUAGACAUGAUCCUCAUUGACAAUGUACUAUCUAAUGUCACAGAUUUAGUGUUCACUUUUCUUAAAGAAAAGAAAGUAAAGACAGAAACUGAUCUCAUUACUAAUUUAAACCUUUUUAAAGAUAGCCAUCCUGGGCACACUAUGGACAAAAGAGAGCUACAUCAAUUGGCCGCCACAGUUAAUACAGCUAAUAAUAGCAAUAGUAAUGAUAGAUUUAAAUUUUCUAAUUCAAAAACUUGCUUUAAUUGUGGGAAGAAGGGCCAUGUUAAAAGCCAAUGCAGACAAACUAGCACUAGCAACUUCAGAUAUAGAAGUUACACCAAUUACCACAACCCUAGCAACUACAAUCAAAAUAAUUACAACAAUCAUAGUAACUAUAGCAACCAAUAUAGAAACUACAGAUCCAACCAGAGUGCAAGCCCCAGAGAAAGAAGGAGCCCUAGGAAUAACAACUCCUAUUACAAUAACUAUAAUACUAAUAGACAAUCAAGGAGGGACACAUACAACCAUCAGUCCAAAUACAACAACUAUCAAAACAGGAAUAGAAAUAGAGGCAAUACCAUUAACAAUACACAAAGAGAAGAGAAUGUAGCCUACUUACAAACAGACAUGUCUAAGGUAAAUGUUUUUCCCUCAUAUGUAAACUCAGUAGAAAUUAAAGCAAUGAGAGAUACUGGUGCAACAACAUCAAUAGUAAGAUCCAAUCUAGUCAAACCAGAACAAUAUUUAGAAGAAACUGUUAUGGUCAUUUAUGCCAACAUACAAAAAUUUGAUAUAUGUAAAACCGCCAAGGUCUGGAUUGAAUCUCCCUGGAUCACAGGCAAGAUAAAAGUAGUAGUAAUGGAUACACCCGCCCAAGACCUCAUAAUAGGGAACUCACAUGGUGUCAAAGACUUAACAAUAACUCAGCUAGAUUCAUGGAUAAAAAACAGACAAAGAAAUUGGUAUCUAGACCAACAUCAUAUAUCAGCUGUUCAAACUAGAUCACACAAAAAUAUAGUGCCAGAAAUUGAAUUACCAAAUACUUUGUUCAAUGAAAUAGGAACCACCAGACAAGAAUUAAUCAAAAUGCAAAACAGUGACCCUAUAAUACAAGAUUUGUUAAAUAAAGACUAUAACAAAAUAAAUUUAAACAACCAUCAUCUUUUAGCCAACAACCUAGCCAUUAGAUGUAACAGAAACAAAGAUAGCACAAGAAUUCAAAUUAUAAUUCCAGAAAGUCUACAACCCAAAAUAUUGAAAAUGGCCCAUGAUGACCCAACAGCAGGCCACUUUGGAAAAAAGAAAACAUAUGCUAAAAUCUCACAAAAAUUCUUUUGGCCUAAGAUGAAGACUCAAAUUAAAGACUAUAUAGAUUCCUGUGCAGAAUGUACUAAACAAAAACUCAUACUCAAGGCACCUCUACAAAAAUCAGAUAAAGCCCAUUGUUUCUGGGACAAGAUAGCCAUUGAUAUUAUGGGCCCAUUAAAUACAAGUACCAAGGGAAAUAAAUAUAUAUUAGGGAUCAUAGACAUAGCAACCAGGUGGGCAGAAGCUUUUCCUCUUAGGGAUAUUAGGGCAGAAGAUAUAUGCACCUCACUAAGAACAAUAUUCCUAAAGUUCGGAUUCCCAAACAGAAUCUUAUAA